AUGCGGACUUUCACGACAGUGGCCAUUGGCCUCUUGAGCGCUACCAUUGCCUCCGCUUCAGAUGUUGCUUCCCUCACAAAGGACACCUUCCCCGACUUUGUCAAGGAGAAUGACCUGGUUCUUGCAGAGUUCUUCGCACCAUGGUGUGGCCAUUGCAAAGCUCUUGCUCCCGAGUACGAAGAGGCGGCGACCACAUUGAAGGAGAAGAACAUCAAGCUUGCUAAGGUUGACUGUACCGAGGAGGCGGACCUCUGCCAAUCUUUUGGUGUCGAGGGAUACCCAACACUGAAGGUUUUCCGUGGCCCAGACAAUGUUAGCCCAUACUCUGGUGCACGAAAGGCUCCUGCGAUUGUUUCGUAUAUGACCAAGCAAUCCCUCCCUGCCGUGUCAAUCUUGACUGCUGAGACACUUCCCGAUUUCAAGACUGCCGACAAAGUCGUUUUGGUUGCAUACUUUGCGGCUGAUGAUAACGCAUCAAACACCACAUUCACUACCGUUGCCGAGAAGCUCCGUGACGACUACCUUUUUGGUGCGAGCAGCGAUGCGGAGGUCGCCAAGGCUGAGGGUGUUGAAUUCCCAUCUCUUGUUCUCUACAAGUCGUUCGAUGAGGGCAAAGCUGUUUUCAGCGAGGCUUUCGAUGUAGAGGCUAUUGAAAAGUUCGCCAAGACCACAUCCAUCCCAUUGAUUGGCGAGGUUGGCCCAGAGACCUACGCUGGCUACAUGGCCACUGGCAUUCCGUUGGCAUACAUCUUCGCCGAGACCGAGGAGGAGCGAACCACCCUCUCCACUGCCCUCAGAGACGUUGCCGAGCUUUACAGAGGCAAAGUUAGCUUUGCCACUAUUGAUGCUAAGGCAUUCGGCGCCCACGCUGGCAACCUGAACCUCAAGGCUGAUAUAUUCCCUGCUUUCGCCAUCCAAGAUACCGUCAACAACAAGAAAUUCCCCUUUGACCAGGAGGCCAAGAUCACCGCCGAGCUCAUUGGCAAGUUUGUUCAGGAUUUCGUUGAUGGAAAUGUUGAGCCCAGCAUCAAGUCCGAGCCUAUUCCGGAGAAGCAAGAUGGCCCUGUCCAAAUCGUUGUUGCCAAGAACUACGAUGACAUUGUCUUGGAUGAUGCCAAGGAUGUCCUGAUUGAAUUCUAUGCGCCAUGGUGUGGACACUGCAAGGCUCUCGCACCCAAGUAUGACAUCCUCGGCAAGUUGUAUGUUGAUGCUGGCCACGAGGACAAGAUCACCAUUGCGAAGGUCGAUGCUACAUUGAACGAUGUCCCCGAUGAGAUCCAGGGCUUCCCAACCAUCAAGCUCUACAAGGCUGGUGAUAAGAAGAACCCAGUUACCUACAGCGGAAGCCGUAGUAUCGAGGAUCUCAUCAAGUUUGUCCAGGAGAACGGCAAAUACAAGAUCGAGGUCGCUUAUGAAGAAGAGACCGAGGAGGCACAGAAGCCAGUCGUUGAGUCAAUGGCCGAGCAAGCUGCUGCUGCCACCGAAUCUGUCAAGAGCGCUGCUGAGGAGGUCAAGGAGACUGUUUCAUCCAAGGCGAGCGAGGCAACUGAAGCUGCUAAGACCGCUGCAGCUGAGGACCAUGAUGAGUUGUAG